CAUAUCUACGCACUGCCUCACUAGACGACAGACAGACUACAGCCACAUCCACUGCCUCACAGUAGUCAGUGAACAGAAACACAGAGAACAUAAGGAUACUCGAUGAACAAGGGGCAGCUGUCGGAGGGACAGUCACUGACCUCAUGAAGAAAUCUGGUCAGAAAAGCCCUCAAGGGAGCCGCUGUCCUCUCAGCCCACACAUCACCUGUGUCCGUUCAUCCAAACACUUUCCUCAAAAGCAGCUCAUGGACAUAAUGUUCAUUGUUGGUGGUUGGACCCCAACAUCUGCGUCAUGUGCUGUGGAACGAUUUGAUCCUUUCUAUAAUGAAUGGAGAACAAUGGCGCCGAUGCUGAAGCGUUAUGGAGAUGUGGCUGUCUGCUCAUUGGGUGGCAUGAUCUUUACUACAGGUGGACAUGAUGACAUCACCUGCGUGAGCAGUGUGGAGAAGUACGACUCCAGCAUGGAUGUGUGGAGCAGCGAGGUGGCAUCCCUCAGCAGCCCCCGCAGCGGUGUGUGUGUGGUGGAGAUGGAUGGGUUCAUGUUUGCCCUGGGGGGAUUUGAUGGAGCAGUCUGUACCAACAUCGUAGAGAGGUAUGAUCCUGUGCUAAACACUUGGACCAAGAUGGCUCCAAUGCACCAGCAUCGCUCUGGGGCGACUGCCGCAGUGUUGGAUGGGUUCAUAUAUGUCAUGGGAGGAACUGACGGAGACACUCCAUUGAAUUCAGUUGAACGCUUUAACCCACUGGAAGGAAUGUGGCGGCCGUGUCCCCCCAUGCGCACUGCCAGAGAGCAGCCAGGCUGUGCUGUAUACUUAGGACGCAUCUAUGUGGCAGGCGGCAGAGAUGAACUGCGUUUGGAGCUCAGCACGGCAGAGAAGUUUUACCCUGACAACCAGAAGUGGACCCCUGUCAAACCAAUGGGACACAAACGCUUUCAAGUUUCCCUGACUGUGUUUGGUGGGAUGGCUCAGAUGGGAUAUCAACUCUUACAUCGGUUGAGGCUUAUAACCCCGACUCAAACACUUGGAGACACUUUGGAUGUAUGAAGACUAAACACCCAGGCGGUGGAGUUGUCUUGCUAAAAACACACUAAAUUUGUGCUUUGUUUGCUAAACUCUUAGUUUGCUCUCUAAGUGAAAUGUAUUUGAUAGAUCUGUGAUGGUAAUAAAAUGUGCUAUAGUAGUUUUAUGAUUGGUGGAGCUAAUAUGUUAGGUUAGAGGUGAGUAAUGAAAAUACGAAAACAGAAAAAUAAUUUAAUAUCAACGAUCCAUUACAUUAUAUGGGUCUCUCUGGGAAGGUUUUAUUUAUAGCCAGAAAGACUGGCGUGGAAAAUGAGUGCGCACUUAUUGAAAGUGCCUUGUUAUGGACACUUACUAAUGGACAGUCCCCCUGGAGCAAUCUGGAGUUACAAGCAUUGGUCAAUGACACUGUAAUGAAAGCAGAUUCUAGUGCUUCUUCAUUUCACCUCUUUCAGAGUAUAAACCUAAGGCCUUUGGGUUUCCCAGAUCUCAGUCGUACAACCAGCCUAUAUAUGUUUCAACAUCUUCCUCAUGCAAGAACUAGACACAACCCUUGACAAAGCACAAAGGUUUUAAGCAUGAGAUUGUGUAAGAAAAAUUACAUACAGACAAUUGUUUCUAUUCACAAAUGUGUAUUUUGGUCCCAGACUCUUAAUUUGACCCUCUUUAUUUAUCUGAAUGUUAUUCAAAAAUACAU